CAGUCUGUGGCCAUUGGAAAGCCCGUAUGUCAGAACCUCCAUUCUUCUUCCCUUUGCCACGAUCGCUCUGCUUUCCACGCCGUCAGGAACGAAUGAAAGUGUUGAGUCGGCCAUAGCCAUAGCAUGCCAAACCGAGUUUCUGGAAGCUGUUCGCACAAUCUCUCCAACGCCUCCUUCCUUCUUCCUCGACGAUGCUGAGCGAGUCGACAAUUCAUGUCCAGACGCCCGCCAUGCCAGCUGCAACGUCAUCUGCUGGUGCUGCCAAUGGUGGGCUGAGUAACGGCGAGAAUGGUGCUUCUUCCAAUACCAAAUCCGCGAACAACUUCCCCCCACCAAAGACGGACAAACCUCGACCUCACGUCUGCGGCACUUGUCAAAGAUCAUUCGCCCGAUUAGAACAUCUCAAGCGUCAUGAGCGAUCACAUACAAAAGAGAAGCCAUUCGAAUGUCCCGAAUGUGCGAGAUGCUUUGCCCGACGGGAUCUGCUUUUACGGCACCAACAGAAGCUUCAUAUGACUACGACACCUUCCUCAAGACCCAGGAACCGAAGAGAAAGUGUUGCGAGUACUGCAACUGCAGCUUCAGGUAGAGUCCGAAAAGGAUCAGUAGCCCAUAGCAAUGGCGCGACGACAAUGAGACCAAGAGCGAACACAAUUAGUCAUGUCGACGGAGCUCACAUGCAACUGAUGGCGGCUGCCAAUGCCAAUGUAGCUCGACAGAACCUUCAACAGCAACAUAGCCGUCAUCCAAGUCUUGCGGGCCUCCCAAUGCACAAUGAAUACCAAUUUGGUGGGAUGUCAGCAGCCCUUGGUCAGCGCGGCAUGAAUCAUGGAUUACCCAAGCUGGAAACUCAACAUUUCAAUACCAUGGACUUUGGAGGUGGCCUAAGAACUGCACCAGUAGUCGGUGGAUACAACCCGGACUUUGAUUUCGAAGGACUUCUUUUUGGCCCAGACUCGACCAUUAAUCCUAAUGCUUUGCACUACAACGAUUCUCCACAAUCAAUGGCAAUUGACGGUCCGUCUCCCUACCAACAGGGUUUCCCAGAUAUGUCUGGAGGCCAAGCUAUGGAAGAGAGUUUUGAGUGGAUGAAUGGUUUUGAACAACAUAUGUCCUUCCAUGAUCCCAAUGAAAAUGCAAUUCACGACGAGUCCUCUCCUUCUGCAAUCAGCACCGCGAGUCAAAGUGGCAUCAGCGAAGUUAUGCUGGACGGGUCCAACAAUACCGCUGCUGCCUCGGCAUCAAUGUGGCAGCAAUCGAUGAUGGCACCUCCAAUGAUGACUCCAAAUCCUUUCACCAUGGAAUUGGGCAAUUCUGGCUUCCACGAUUUGAUGAAUGGUGGAUCUUUAUCUCCACAUGGCCUGCCACCCAAGACUGCUAACGACCCUUACUUUUCGACACCUCCACCUUCGAUGAGCUCUCUAAGUCCCUCAAUGAUGCCAGGAAUUACUACUCAAGCUUUCCAUCCUCCAAUGAACCUUGGCCCCGAAACACCAAUGUCUAUGAAUGGCAGUAUGCAUUCUGUUGGUCCAUUAGCUACGAUUACAGAUGCUACUAGACAAGCCCUUGUAACUGCUUUGGCACAGUGCACACCUUUUGGUGGUCGAAAAUACUCUUUCCCAGCACAAAGUUCACCUCUAUCCCCGCAUUUUCCUGGACGUGCACAGAGUGUUAGCGAUUCGUCAAGGAACCUUCCAAGUACACAUGACCUGCAACGAUAUAUUGGGGCUUACAUUCGAUACUUCCAUCCACAUUUGCCGUUUCUUCACAUACCCACUUUAUCCUUUGAUGUACCCGCAUAUUCGAACGAUGGUCGAACCAGUGCUGGUUUGGUUGGAGGCCGUGGAUGUCUUAUUCUGUCAAUGGCCGCAAUCGGUGCUCUCUAUGAGAUGGAGCAGGUACAAUCGAAGGAUCUGUUCGAUUCUGCAAAGAAGAUGAUUCAACUCUACCUUGAAGAGAGACGAAAGGCCGAUGUUCGAAGAGCCGACCAUCGUAGAGCUAGUAUCGAUCAUGGCCCACGACAAUCAGAGAUUCCUGUCCAUACACCUGUUUGGCUUGUUCAAGCGAUGCUACUGAAUGUCGUGUACGGUCAUAACUGCGGGGACAAGACUGCUGGUGACAUCGCAAGCACGCACUGUGCAGCAUUGGUUAGCCUAGCUCGCGCUGCAGAGUUGCUCAAACCAACCCCACGUCACAGUCAGAACCAGCAAGACGUUCAGAUGCAGGACGACUCGAUGUCGCCAGAAGAGGGGUACUAUGCCAACAUCAAGAACGAGAUCCCAGAUGAACAACAGGAGUGGUACAGCUGGAAAAACAUGGAGGAGCGUAAGAGAACACUCUACGCUGUUUUCAUCAUGUCAAGUCUACUGGUUUCUGCAUACAACCACACGCCCGCCUUGACAAAUUCCGAGAUCAUGCUCGAUCUUCCUUGCGACGAGGAGUUCUGGUCAUCGGAAAAUGCCCAGAGCUUCUAUGCGAAAGGAGGUUCUCGAAUGGCGGAUAAUAACCAAAUCACGUUCCAUGAUGCUCUUGGCGAACUUCUUCGAACCAGCGAAAAGCAGAAGCAACAACAGCAGCUGGCGCAAGGACAAGCUUUUGGUAACGUCAACAUGCAAGAACUUCCAAAACCUGACAUCCAGCCCAGCACCUUUGGUUGUCUUAUUCUCAUCAAUGCUCUUCACAACUAUAUUUGGGAGACUCGACAAAGACACCACAACAAGGUUUGGACGAAUGAGGAGACGGAAAAGAUGCAUUGUCAUAUCGAGCCCGCCUUGAAAGCUUGGCAAGCUGCGUGGGCAAGCAAUCCGCAUCACAGUCUCGAGCGACCAAAUCCAUAUGGCUUUGGACCAUUGUCUGCUGAUAGCAUCCCUCUGCUUGAUCUUGCAUAUGUAAGAUUAUUCGUGAACCUUUCACGUUCGAAAGAAAAGUUCUGGCAGAGAGAUUGGGAUGGAAUGGCGGAAGAAUUGUCACGAGAAUCUUCCGACCCUUCAGAGAAUUCCGCAGCAAGCUCGGUGUUUGUAGAUUCGCCUCCAACCUCGACGUCGUCUCCGGACUUCAAAGCAGGCCGCUUGCCUCAAAACAGUGUGAGCUCUAUGAAUUCAGUCUCGACGUCUAAGCGUGAGCGCCAUCUCCGCAAAGCUGCUUUCUAUGCUGCGGACUCGCUGUCAAUGUCGGAUAAAUUAGGAGUCACGUUUGCAGACUUCACUUCCCGGGAGUUGCCAUUACAAUCAGCGAUGUGUGCAUUUGACUGUGCUCAAGUGCUCGCAGAAUGGGUGGCAACUGUUCAAGAGCGUGUUGGACGAUACCUUGGAAUUCUUGGCAAGGAUGACAUUGACUUCACACAAGUUCCUGGCAUCAUGCUGCUGGAAGAGGAAGACUGCAAGCUGCUCACGAAAGUUCAAGAGGUUCUCAAUAGCGCUGAAAUUAAGAUGAACUACGAGCUUGCUGGUAUGGGUACGGUUGCGCAAAUGAAUGCAGCUGCUCAGAGACUUGACAAUUGUGGAUAUGGUAGCAAGAUCUUGAAGGUGACAGCCUACAUGUUGGAUAGGGCUGCCAUUUGGCCUGUUACCCAUCUUAUGGCUCGUAGCUUGGAGACACAGGCUAGCCACAUGCGGGCGCGUGCUGAGGAGUCAGUCGCACAGCGUGAAUAAGGGAGUUCUUAUUUCACAAACACAAAAGUCCCCAAAUCCAAAAGCGAAGAAAGAGACCAAAAAGCAUACCCCAAAAGCAUUUCAAAAAUAAAAAAAAGGAAUCUGGUGGUACAAUAUCGACUUGCAAAUCAGAUCCAACUGGUACAUAUGGGCGGUCAGAUUGUCUGUCAGGAGCCGUUGCUUUACCUUCAGUUCAAAUCAACUGAGCUCAUGGUACGACGAAUCUAUCGACAGCAUUUGGCAGAAUUUCGAGCACCAACACGAGACACUCGUUAGUGUCGUUCCACACAACUACUUCUUUACAAAAAACGUCAGAUUACAAUGUUCAUAUAG